AUGCUGAGUAUUGGGGAAUAUUCAACUUUACAAGUUUCAACUUAUUCUGUCAUCUUUAUUUUGGUUCCCUGUAGCUUGGAGUGCCUUGGGUUUCACUUAACAUGUGUGUACAUGUAUGGAACAGAGGAAAAAAGUAAGAGGGCAAUUCAAUUUCAGAGAGAAAGAGAGAGAGAUGCGUACAUGUAUGGUUCAGGCAAUGAUUUAUACAUGUAUUCUUGGACUGCACCAUGGAUGAGCAUGUCUUGUUAA